CAAACGAACUUCAAAAAAACUGAAAAAUAUUAAAAAUUAUUAAAUGGGUCUUGAUUUAAUUUUUUCUAAAAAAAUUACCUCAGAAAUGAAUUCCUCUGGAAAAAAUACGUCAGGAACAUGUUUUUUGGGUCAAUCUAGGCAUUCAAAUGACUCAUUAAAUCGAGAAAUAGAAAUAAAAAUAGGCACAGUAAAGCGCCUGAUUCGUGACCUUAUUACCUAUAAUAAGGAGCUUAAAAUAGAAGAGGAUACUUAUUUAAAACUAGAACAAGAAGGCCAAGAUGAAUAUGUUUUAAGAAAACAGAAACAAGUGAUAGAAGAAUGCCAAAGAAUGAUUCCUGAUACAGAAUAUCGUCUUUCACAGGCAGUUGAGAAGUUAUCUAAAGAUUUGACUGAUGGAAAGAUUGAUGGCGAUUCUUCUAGAAUUACUACUUUGAUUGAUGAAGCAUCAGUUCUUUUGGAACAUCGUGAUUAAUAACCGUGCCGUUCUUAGCUACUAAUUUUAUCUGUUAUUUAUAAC